GUAGUACUAUAGAGGUGUACUUUAGCAGUAGUAUACAAAAGCGAGAGAGAAGGCAAAGACGGCAUAAGUGAUAGUUGCACGAAGCUUAUCUUAGAGGCAGAUUCCUUUUGUGAAACUUGAAGCCAUGGGAGAGGAAGAACAGAAAACAGAGGAACCGAAAAAGGAAGAAGAAACCAAGCCAGAGGAAAGAAAAGAUGAAGCUGCUGCAACUCCACCGCCUCCAGCAGAGAUUUUGCUGAGAGUUUUCAUGCAUUGUGAAGGCUGUGCUCGGAAAGUUCGUCGGUCAUUGAAAGAUUUUCCAGGUGUUGAAGAAGUGAUAACUGAUUGCAAAUCUCAUAUGGUGGUUGUGAAAGGAGAGAAAGCAGAGCCAUUGAAGGUUUUGGAGAGGGUUCAGAAGAAGAGUCACAGGAAGGUUGAGCUUCUUUCUCCGAUCCCAAUUGCUCCUGAGGAGGAAAAAAUUGUCGAGGAAGAUAAGGCUGCACCUGAAGAGAAGAAGAAAAAAGAGCCUCAGAUUGUGACUGUUGUUAAAAUUCACAUGCAUUGUGAAGCUUGUGCACAGGAGAUAAAAAAAAGGAUACUGAAAAUGAAGGGAGUGGAAUGGGUGGAAGCUAAUCUGAAGAACUCUGAGGUAAGCGUGAAGGGAGUGUAUGAUUCAGCAAUGUUGGUUGAAUACAUGUACAAGAGAAUUGGGAAGCAUGCAGUGAUUGUGAAGGAAGAGAAGAAAGUUGAAGAAGGGGAGGAAAACAAGAAGAAAGAAGGAGAGGGUGAUACCAAGCCACAAGAGGAGGAGAAAGAGACAACUAAGUUGGAGGAGGAGAUGAAAAAAAAUGAACACUACUUUAAUCCACCAAUCAAUAUGUAUGCAUACCCUCCACCACCACAAAUGUUCAGUGAUGAGAACCCAAAUGCUUGCUGUGUCAUGUGAAGUUAUAAUUUUCAGAAAUAUCAAGGGUUUGUAUUUAAAUUUAUUAUUUAAGGCUAAAAUAAGUUAGAUUUAGUCACUUUGUAGUAUUUUCGAAUGCUAGGAAUAUACUUAUAACAACUCUCCCAAAAAAUGAUGUUGAUAGUUAGCGAAUUGCAAUAUCUUCUUGGAAAGCAUUAUAUAUAA